ACAUUAGUAAUCAGUGAGCGUUUUUAUGAUUUUUUUUUUCAAAAAGACGUGAUUUAAAUAGUAGCAGUUUGAUCAAAGUUCAUUGAAUAGACGCUGCUUGCUGGUCGUAAACAGAGAACCAAAUGCGUUUUUGAUUGAUGAUUUAAAAAACCAGAAAAAGAUUAAUUUUUUUUUCAUUUGUUGCGACCUGGUCUUGAAAUACUUCGUGUUUUUACCGAUCUUCUGACAAUUAUAGCAAAAGUGUAAUCACAUGGCUUCGAGUAAGCGCACUGUUCGCGUGUUUUACAGUUCCCCAUUUCGGGGUCUCGAACGAGAACGAGAGAUGUUAUCAGCUGUUUAUUGGCCUCGGGUAAGUCAAGCUUGUGCCCAGCGGGGUGUUUCAUUUGUACCCAUUGACUUCCGGUGGGGCAUAACAGAAGAAAGUAGUUCGGCCGCAAACACAGUCGCCAUAUGUCUCCGACAAGUCCAACAGUCGGAUAUCUUUGUCGGAUUCUUCGGCGCACGAUACGGGUGGCAUGGAUCCGAAGAUCCCGCUCUUCAACAGGCAAUCGACAAGGCUCUGCCAGAAAAUCCUUGGCUGAGCGAGUUUCGCGACAGAAGUGUGACGGAAAUGGAGUUCCUCGAAGGUCGGCUCAGAAAUCCGGAUUCCAAACGACCGGCCGCUUUCUUCUUCCGAGAUUCAGAGUACGACAAAGAAAUGUUCCAAAAGAUGCAGACCUCGGAUCCCAAAGAAGCAAAGGUUUAUUCAGCUGAAAUUGACGGAGAAAAGGCAGGAGCUAAAUUGCAAGAACUGAAAGAAUACACCGUGAAAUACAAAGAUAGUUUAACUGAAGAAUCGGCUUCAUGCUCAGUUGAAUUCUAUAAAACACCACAAGAGGGUGCUCAGUUGAUGUUCGAAGCGACAAUGAACAUGCUCAACAAGUAUUUUUUGAAUAACGAGCUAGAGCAUCAACAAUCGAAAUUUGACAAGUGGAUUGAAGGUCAGUCGAAUUACAUGGCUACUCAACAUACGCUCGGAUCCCGAUUUCUCGGAAGAAGCGAAGAGCAGAAAAAAUUAGCCGAACUGAUUCAGGGAGACAAAAAUUGGAGAGUCGUCGUAAAAGGCGAAGAGGGCUGUGGAAAGUCGGCUCUUCUGAUCAACCAUGUUCUGGAGUAUGAACAAAAUUCGAAAGAUAGCUUGCAUAUAUAUUAUAACAUGAGUGCGUAUCCAGGCGCUAAUUCUUCGUUAUCAUGUCUACAAUUUUUGGCAGCUUAUCUUGAGAAAUAUAACGGUGAAGAAAAAGCUGAGCAAUCACUGAAGUUAUCGAAAUUCAGCGAUCUGCUAGGAAAAAUUUCAUCCACAUGUGAAGCUUUGAAGGAAAAACAAGGCAGGCAAGUUAUUUUUUUCCUAGACGGAAUCGACAAAAUCGAAUCUCAAAAACACUCAGACAUCCCUCUCGGAUUUUUACCGAAAAGGCUGCCUCUUAAACAAGUAGUCUGUACAAAGUUGGAAGAUAAAUUUCAUUUUCCCAGAAUCGAAGAACAUGAUUCGGUGUCAAGUCUAGUAUUGGACAACUUCCAACUUCACGAAGCUAUGGACGCGGUCGAGUCUGCGCUUGACAUUCGAGGAAAAACGCUCAAUCAAGUAUGUUUACAGGUCAUCAACAAAUGUGAACAAAUUCGAAACUUAUUGUUUCUGAAGGUCUUACUUGAACAGUUGUUUUCGCAUGCACAGUUUUCGUCGCUAGAAGCCGAGGUCACUGACCUUUGUACCUGCAGUUCAAUUAGUGAGAUAUUUGAACUGUUUUUGUCAAAACUCGAGAAGGUGAUGUGUUACGAAGCUUCUUACGAGCACGGUUCGGCCGGUGACGCACUGUGCUACUUGGCGCUUAGUCAUCAUGGUUUGAUGGAAACGGAACUUCGAGAACUUGUGGGCUGGGAAGCGCGUCUCUGGGCUACUUUUUUCAGCACCGUCCGACCAUCUCUCUUAGAUAACAACGAAGUAUACAGCAUUCAGUAUUCACAACUAACCAACGCCAUAUUCCAGAAACAUCUCAACUCGGAGCAAAAACUGCUGAAAUACAGGACCAGCUUAGCCAACUAUUUCCAGAAAAAGUUAGACAUGCAUUUGAGCGUGAACAGGUGUUUCGACAAGAACUCGUCUGUCCCUGAAAGAAUAAUUCAAGAGCUACCUGCAGCCCUUUUCAAAGCAGGAAUGCAUCGAGAACUUCAAGAAUGUCUGUUGAAUGUCACUUUUUUCCGGACUUCUAGCAUUGGAGAUCGCACCGCCGAUCGAGCGACCGAGGUCUACAAAAGCACUCCUUUAGAGGCUUACGAAUAUGCCAAGUACCUGAAAGAAACAACUGAUGACUUCAGCGAUGUUGUCAAAAUAUUCCGCCGAAAUGUCGAAAAUGUGUUUCUAGCCGAAAUGUGCCCGCGUUACAGCUCGUUUUCUAAACAAGCUACAGAUUUGGACAGAAUUGGAGAAGGAACCGUGGUUUUGUCGAAAUUUUUUGAUUUUGUUGACGAAGCGAUCGGUAUGCCAGGAGUCACUUCCGAGUUAAUGGAAACAGCCAUCGUUAUUCAGCGUGGAUCCAUGGCCCAAAAUCGUCAGCGGAAGCAAGAAGACGAGGCUAUCAAAGAAGAAAUCUACUUAGCCGAACUAUACAACAGACUUGCGAUAUCCUUGACUUAUCAGAAUAAGUUUGUGAAAGCUAUCUGUUAUUUGAACAAGUGUCUGGCAAUUAAGAGAAUACAUACCAAUAGGACAGAUCUGAUUUCAGAUAUUGAUCGGCGAGUCGCAAUAACAUUGCAUACUCUAGGAAAUGCUUACAAGCAAACGAAAGAUAUAGAGCUUGCAAUUCCUUGCUUUGAAGAAGCGCGCAAAAUUCAUUCCAUCGAUAAUGCCGAGCAACAAUGGUCUAGUUUAGAUGGACUGGCUUCUUGUUAUUUCUUCAAAAGGGACUUCGAAAAGGCCGAAGAACUGUACCAAAAAGUCGUGGACCAUUACGACAGUUUAUCAUUGACGACGACUGAUAACUUAUAUGCAGGCUUCAUUUGUAAUUUAGCCAAUGCAAUUAGACGAAGGGGUCGUUUAGGCGAGGCUAGAGUGCUGUACAAAAAAGCGUGGGAUAUUCAGAUUAAAAUUUUAGGCGACACCCAUCAUUCGAUUGCAGUUACUCUCAUGUGCCUCGGAAACCUAGAAAUGGCUUCUAAGAAUUUCCAAGAUUGUGUGACAUAUUUUGAAAAAGCGUACUACGCGUACAAGAAAACUACAGGCUUGAUCUGCCACGAAACUGCGCUGGCUGCUGAAAAUAUAGCAGUAGGGUACUCGAGAACGGAGGAUUUUGAAAAGGGUACCCCUUGGUUUCAUCAUGGCGGGGAGUUAUUGGAAAAACUGGGCCUGCUUCACAUGACUUUGCCAUGGAUGAACAGAAAAUACCUCAAGUAUCAUUAUGAACAAGGGAAUCAAGACGAGGUUGAAAAGAUUCUGGAAAGGAUGGCGAAAGUCAACAUUGAUCCGGGAAAUUACAAAAGCGAAUGAAGCCUCUUCAAAUUGACAAUAUCAUCAACAUGUAUAUAUAUUUAUCGAUUUGCAUAAGCUUAUCGUAUUUUGAUAUCUUAUAGAGUAUUUUGAUAUCUUGUUUAAUAUUUUCAACAAUUUGUUUGCCAAUCGACUGCAGCACUGCUUAAAACAUACACAAUUCACGUCUA